GCUAAAUUAGCCGCGAUGUCCAAUAAGAGUAAGUCCCAGCCGCAGCAGCAGCCGCAGCAACAGCAGCAGCAGCAGCAGCAGCAUCAUCAUCCGUCGCACGUGACCAAGUCAGCGGCAGUGGAGCAAGUGCCGCCGCGAUACCAGCCGCCGCCGCAGCCGACGAUCGGCAUCCUCAAGAAUCAUCCUCACUUCGGCACCGGCCCUUCCGCCUCGACCGCCGUGUCGGCCGGCGUUCAAGGUCCGCCGGUGGCCUUGAGCCAUCAUCAGGCGACGCAGCAGCGACCGGUCCCCCAGCAGAAGGAUGCGCAGGGCAAGUACUCGCCGCGGAUAGAGCACCGACAUCAUCCUCAAGGCGGUAAUGCCGCCCUGACAGCAGCCGUCUCGAAAACCAGCCAGCCGCAACACGGUUACCUUCAGGCCAAGGUCGGCCAAGGUCAGUACUUGCCGCCUAACGGUCAGUAUCCUCCCACGGUAAACACUGCACAAACGCCGCCGAUCAGACAGAGGAUCACCGACGACGAGUUCCUCCGACUCGGACCCGUGGAGAUGCUCAAGUUCGUCCGCAAGACAGAGACCGACAUCGCGAGGCUCGCAGCCGAGCAGAACCGACAGAUACAGAGCUUGCUGAGCGAGCUGCGAGCGUUGAAGGAGGCGAACCAAAGAUUAAGCGACGACAACCAGGAGCUGCGCGAUCUUUGUUGCUUUCUGGACGACGAUCGCCAGAAAGGACGAAAAUUGGCGAGGGAAUGGCAGAGGUUCGGGAGGUACACCGCGAGCGUGAUGCGUCAGGAGGUCUCCGCCUAUCAGAAUAAGUUACGUCAACUGGACAAUAAACAGCAGGAAUUGAUCAAGGACAAUCUGGAGCUGAAGGAGCUCUGUCUUUACCUGGACGAGGAACGGGGAGGUGGCCAAAGGGACGACGGGGAUGGCUCGAGUUCGAGCACCAACGCCGAGGAAACUGCCCCUCCGAGACCUAGGCACGCGUCCACCUUUAACGAUCAAACGAUGCAGUACGUGAGGAGUUUGGAGCAACGAGUGAAGCAACUGGAGGAGGACAAGAGUGUCCUGCAGGCGCGGGCGCAGGGAUGGGAGGUGGCUCCUGGGGAGAUUUGGGAGAAUCCAAAUAGUCCUGGCGAGAAUCCUCAUCUCGGAGGUCGUCCGGAAGCGGUGGUGCGAGCUCUUCAGGUUCUCGAGGUCAGGGAGCAGCUUGAAAGAGAAGGCGGCCACGACGGGGAGAAAGCCUUAGUCAGAGAGAUGUGUAACGUUGUCUGGCGAAAGUUGGAGGAAGGUCCGCAAACAAGGCACUGAAGACUGUACUAUAAUCACGAUCCGGUCGAGUCGUAACGCGAAAACGUUGUUACGCGACCCGCUCGCUCGGGUAGCGUAUCUAAUAAGUAUUACAUAGUCGUUAAUUUGCGAAUGUUAUGAAUUUCAUAGAUUUUAUACGCAUGUACCUACAGAAUAGUUCGAUCUAAGAGAGUCAAGCGUGUCGUGUUUCACAAUAUUUAUAUAAAGAAUACCGUAGCAUCGUUAGAUCCUCCGUAGGAGCUGUUAACAAACUUUAUUUUUUAUUACGAGCCAGUAUCGUUUAAUUUCGCAACACCAUGCCCA